GCAUCUCUGUUAGUGUUGGUUUUGAGAGAGACUACAUGUGCCCUUAAAUCUCUGCUGCAUCUUUGUGUUAGAGAGGGAUGGAGUACUAUACAAAUGAUCAACAUGGUUUAUUGGAAGAGUUACUAUGUCUGGAAUCUCUGGAUCACUGCACAAAUCAACAAUCUUAUAUAAACAUCCCUACAACAGAUGAUUGCUUCCAAAACCUGUCUUCCUACGCCCCGUUUGGCGCCGAGCUAUCACCGCCCGACUUCACUGUCGAUUCCUCCACUUUCAACCUCCUCCCCCAAACGCUCCCUUACGACUUCACAAACGCCCUCCAAAAUGCGGAUACCGUACCCAUUUUCAACAUCGGACAAUUUUGCCCUCCCGCUGCUGCUGAGAUCAAAACCAAGCUCAACGGCCAGCCGUCGAAGAACCUCAUGGCGGAGAGGCGCCGCCGGAAGCGCCUCAACGACCGCCUCUCCAUGCUCAGAUCAAUUGUUCCCAAAAUUAGCAAGAUGGACAGAACAUCCAUUUUGGGAGACGCCAUAGACUACAUGAGAGAGCUGCUGGAGAGAAUCAACAAAUUGCGAGAGGAAACGCAUUUGGGGGAAAAUCAAUUGAGCGUCAUGAGCAUAUUCAAGGACGCCAAACCGGCUAAUGAUUGUUCGCCCAAGUUUGAAGUGGAGAGAGGAAAUCUGGAUACGCGAAUCGGGAUUGGGUGCGAGACGAAGCCAGGAUUGUUGCUGUCAAUGGUGACCACAUUGGAAGCAUUAGGGCUGGAGAUUCAUCACUGUGCUAUCAGCUGUUAUAAUGACUUUGCUCUGCAAGCCUCUUGCUCAGAGGAUUUGAAGACGAUAGCGAAUUUGGAUCCAGAAGAGAUAAAGCAUUCGCUUCUCAGAAACGCAGGAUAUGGCGGGGAGUGUGUGUAGCUGUAGCAUAUUAUUGGUUGGAUUUGUUUUGAUUUCUCAUCUCUUUUUGGGGAAUCUGUUGCCUUUUUCUGGAUUCUAUUGGUAGUGAUGAAAUCACACCUUCGUUAUUCUCUAAAAUAAAUGGAUUCUCUAUAAAUGUGUGGAGAAGGAGAAGGUAAUGAUUUUCA